UCUUUUAGUUUUUAUUUCCACUUCAGUUAUGGAGGAAAUCAGCUGUCUGUCACACUAAGGUGAGAGUCUUUAGAGCUCGUCAUGAAAGCUCUCGGUGCGCGCUCUGCGUUCUACGUGGGUUUUGUGGUGGGCACGUGCAGCCUGUACCUGCUCCUGACUCAAGUUGGGUUCACGCGGAACUUCGGGUCUCAUAAGAACGAGGCCCACGUGAAAAGCCUGCUGGAGAUGAUAGAAGAUGAAAACAAGAACUGGAAAAAGGAGAGGUCGGCUCUCUUCAAUCUCAAUCAUCCGCACCAUACAGGUGAGGAUGGCAAACUGGCCGAUGGUCUCUAUAAGCGUGUACGCAUUCUGUGUUGGGUUAUGACUGGCCCUGAUAACCUUGAGAAAAAAGCUCGACACGUGAAAGCCACAUGGAGUCGCCACUGCAACAUUGUGGUCUUCAUAAGCUCUGUGGAUAACCCCGAUUUUCCCACCGUUGGCCUAAACACCAAGGAAGGUCGGGAUCAGCUGUACUGGAAAACCAUUCGUGCUUUCCAUUAUGUCUUGGAGAAGCACGGGGACGAGGCAGACUGGUUCCUCAAAGCAGAUGACGACACUUAUGUAAUCGUCGACAACCUGCGGUGGAUUCUGGCCAGCCACUCUCCAGAGGACCCUGUGUAUUUUGGCCGGCGGUUUAAGCCGUACGUAAAACAGGGCUACAUGAGUGGCGGUGCUGGCUACGUGCUCAGCAAAGAAGCUCUGAGGAGGUUUGUGGAGGGCUUUCGCACCAAAGUGUGCACUCACACUACCUCAGUGGAGGACUUAGCUAUGGGUCAGUGUUUAGAGAAGGUAGGCGUCGUGGCAGGAGACUCCCGAGACACCAUACAAAGAGAGACAUUCCAUCCUUUCGUACCCGAGUCCCAUCUCACUGGCACAUUUCCCAAGACUUUCUGGUAUUGGAACUACUGUUAUUACCCCAUUGUGCAGGGUCCACAGUGUUGCUCAGACCUGGCUGUUUCUUUCCACUAUAUGGAUGCGUCACACAUGUACCUGCUGGAAUACUACACUUACCACUUGCGUGCCUUUGGCUACAAAUACCGCUAUCAGCCCUCUGAACCCAAUGUCAUACAAGACUUGAAUGCCCCUGUCCCAGACAAAAUGGAAACUGGAGACUCGGAGCAAAAGCAGGGGGUAGAAGCACAGGAAGGAGAAAAACAAUCCAAUGAACUUAAUGAAAAGUCUUAGCAGCUUUUUGCAUAGGAAAAAAAAAAAAACAUUUAAAAUCUUCUAAAAGAAGUCUUUUUUUUGGGUGGCUUUACAUUUUUAUUUGGAUGAUGUCUUUAAUUGUAUCCUAUUUUGUGCCACAGAAAUGUGUGCAUAACAUGUUUGUGUGAUUAAAUGAACUGGUACUGUU